AUGGUGAAUGCUAAUAGAACGGAUUGGUCAAUGAGGCUUGAUGAUGUUCUUUGGGCUUACCAGACUGCAUAUAAGACCCCCAUAGGUAUGUAUCCUUACCAACUUGUAUAUGGGAAGGCUUGUCACUUGCCGGUUGAUUUAGAGCACAAGGCCAUGUUGGCGAUAAAAAAAGUUAAGAUGGAUUCGAAUGAAGAAGUAGAAAAGAGACUUAACGGGUUAAAUGAGCUUGAUGAGUUUAACCAAAAAGCAUAUAAAAGUUCAUCCAUCUACAAAUUGAAGAUGAACAAGUAUCAUGACCAAAAGAUUGAGAAGGGAGAAUUUGCGGUUGGGGACUUGGUGCUUCUAUUCAACUCUAGGCUACGCUUGUUUCCGGCAAACUCAAGUCCAAGUAGACAGGGCCAUUCUUUAUUACUAAUGUUUUCCCAUAUGGAGCGGUUGAGUGUGAGAACAAGGAGGGUGCAAAGUUGA